AUGAAUCCAGAAUACGACUACUUGUUCAAGCUUUUGUUGAUCGGCGAUUCCGGUGUGGGAAAAUCGUGUCUUUUGUUGAGAUUUGCAGAUGACACAUACACAGAGAGCUACAUAAGUACUAUUGGUGUAGACUUUAAGAUAAGGACUGUAGAAUUAGAUGGCAAGACAAUAAAAUUACAAAUAUGGGAUACAGCAGGACAGGAGCGGUUUAGAACAAUCACAUCAUCAUACUACAGAGGAGCCCAUGGAAUCAUCAUUGUUUACGAUUGUACAGACCAGGACUCAUUUAGCAAUGUGAAGCAGUGGUUGGAGGAAAUUGACCGCUAUGCAUGUGAUAAUGUCAAUAAGCUGCUGGUCGGCAACAAGUGUGAUCUCACUACAAAGAAAGCUGUCGAUUAUACUACAGCCAAUCAAUAUGCUGAACAGCUAGGUAUUCCAUUCUUGGAGACCAGUGCGAAGAACUCUACGAAUGUUGAGCAAGCUUUCAUGACGAUGGCGGCUGAGAUUAAGGCGCGCGUUGGUCCGCCAUCUGCCGGUUCACCGACAUCCAGUAUGUCCGUCAAGAUUGAUCAGGGAAGACCCAUUGAUACUGGCAAGUCGUCUUGCUGCUGA